AUGUUCGCGCAGCUCAUCCGACCACUCACCGUCGAUGCUUUCUUCCGCGAUGUCUGGGAGCGGAAGCCGCGGGUUUUCCAGGGAGCCCGGGAGUCCCGCUUUGCGCCUCUGAGCUGGGAGGUUCUCGAUGAGGUGCUCCUGCGAGCCUUGGCGCCAGGGUGCCCCGAAGAGACAGAGCUGGUGAUCUACAAAGGCUUGAAGCCCUCCGAGGAGUACUCGUCUCCUACUGCCGCCUAUCUGGACGGUGCUUCAAUCAUCGUGAACCACGUGGACAAGGUUUGGAGGCCUGUCUUCGAGCUGUGCCGAGCCUUGCACGAGUUCCCCUCCCUGUACGCAAACUGCUACGUGACCCCGCAACGGUCGCAAGCAGCCCCGCCACACGCAGACGACCGGGAUGUCAUCGUCUUCCAACUCGAAGGCACCAAGCACUGGAAGAUCUACGGCGAGGCUCCCAUCUACAUGCCCUACCCGAGCGAGCAGGUGGGCAAGAACGGCCUCGAGGUCCCUGCCGAGCUCUUAGACUCGAAGCCGGAUUUUCAGCAGACCUUGAAGGUGGGGGAUGUCCUCUACGUGCCUCGUGGCUUCGUGCACGAGGCAACCACGCAGAACGAGGCCUCUCUGCAUUUGACGGUGGCGGUGCCGAGCUAUGACUGGACCGUCUCGCGGGUACUCUGCGAUGCCUUGCAAACCCUGUUGGAUGGGCCCGGAGGCCGCGAAGAAAAUCCUUGGCGGAGAGCUGUUCCCUUCCGGGCCGGGCGCUGGACUGAGAUGCCAGGUGUCUUCGACAAGGCGCGCUUGCGAGAGAUCGUGGAGCAGAUCGAUCUCAACCACGCGCAGGCCGUCUUCCGGGCCAAGAACGCUCACCACAACGAGCGCCAAGAAGAAGGCUUGAACUCUGCAGAGUCUUGCCCUACGGCACGUCCACCCGUGACGAGCUCCACCGAGCUACGGUGGCACAGCGGAGCGGGUUCUGUGGAUGGCUUCGAGGAUGUGGAGUUUAUUUCCCCGGAUGGAGCGCAGUGCAACCUGCAUCAGGUGCUAGAGCUGUUGCCGAAGAACUCUCCCCUUCGUCCCUCCGAUAUUGCUAAUUAUGCCUUCCCAAAGAAGAGAAGGCGGAGCACCGAGGACCCCAAAGACCGGAAGUGCCACGGACACCCGAGGGUCGCUCUGGGAUGCCCCUUUUCGAGGAUCUGUUUUGCUGCCGUCUGCGUGGAGAGCGGUCUGGCUGCCUUCCUUGAUUCAAGCUUGAAAAAAUGCUAG